GGUCGGCGGGCGGGCCUUCCGCGGGCACCGCCCCGCGCCCGCUCUGCCGCUGUCCGACACGGGCCCGCGCAGCGCAGGGGCCCUCAGCUCUCAGCCAUCAGUAUGAGCCCCCGGCCGCCGCCCCUCUCCUGCGACACCUUCGUGGCACUGCCGCCCGCCGCGCCCGGGGGCCGCGUGGUGUUCGGGAAGAACUCGGACCGGCCGGCAGAUGAGGUGCAGGAGGUCGUGCACUUCCCGGCCGCCGCGCACCCGCCCGGCGCCGCGCUGGAGUGCACCUACAUCAGCAUCGCGCAGGUGGAGAGGACCCACGCCGUGGUCCUGAGCCGCCCCUCCUGGCUCUGGGGGGCCGAGAUGGGCGCCAACGAGCACGGCGUGUGCAUCGGCAACGAGGCCGUGUGGGGCAGGGAUGAGGUCUGCGGUGGGGAAGCUCUCCUCGGCAUGGACCUCGUAAGGCUUGGACUUGAGAGAGCAGACACAGCUGAAAAGGCUCUUAGUGUCAUAGUUGAUUUGCUGGAAAAAUAUGGACAGGGAGGAAACUGUAUGGAGAGCAAAAUGGCAUUUACAUACUACAACAGUUUUCUGAUAGCCGACAGAAAGGAAGCGUGGGUGCUGGAGACAUCAGGAAAAUACUGGGCAGCAGAAAAAGUAGAAGGAGGCGUACGGAAUAUUUCCAACCAGCUCUCUAUCACUACCAAGAUUGACAGAGAACACCCAGAACUGAAGGAAUAUGCCAAAAGCAAUGGCUGGUGGGAUGGGGAAAAGGAAUUUGAUUUUGCUGCCACAUAUUCUUAUGUCAAUACUGCCAGAAUGACCACAUCUGGAGGCCGAUACUGUGAAGGCUAUAAACUUCUGAACAAACACAAAGGAUCCAUCACUUCUGAAAUAAUGAUGGAAAUUCUUCGUGACAAAGAGAGUGGCAUUAACAUGGAAGGUGGAUUUAUGACAACUGGCAGCAUGGUGUCUGUACUGCCUCAGCAGCCUAAUCUGCCCUGUAUUCACUUCUUUACUGGAACUCCAGAUCCUGCCAGAUCUAUAUUCAAGCCUUUCAUUUUUGUGCCCGGUAUUACUCCGUUAUUAAAAACUAUGUCCCCUACGUUUGGUCAUGAUGAUCCAGUUAAGAAGCAACCACGUUUUCAGAGUAAGCCAGAUCGGAGACAUGAGCUCUAUAAAAAACAUGAAAGUGCUGCUGUAGUUAUGGAAACUGGCAAGGACAAAGGUAAAGAAAUGCUCAAAGAGAUACAGGAGUUGGAGAAACAGAAGAUAAGUCAAAUGGAAUCAAUCCUGCAAAAUGGAUGCCUUGAUACUAAACAAGUAGUUAAUCUUUUUCCACAGUGUGUAGAAGAAGAACUCAAAAUAUAUGGAUAAGAAUAUUAUUUGAAUGUGGUAAAAUUUGGAUUAUAAUUGGGUUUUCUAAUGAAGCAGCUAUAUAGAUUAACAUCCUGUUUUCUGUAUGUCACAUAGCAUGGACAGUUUUAAAGAUACACAUUCAUAUUCAGGACAAAUGGCUUUUGAUUAUAAGAAGAAUGCUGGAAAGGCUCCUAAGAGCUAGGCAGUGGCACUGUACAUGGCACAAAGCUCUCAGCAGAGAUUGAUUUUGCCAAUAAACAGAUGCAAUUAGAAUGCAAUAGCUUGACUAAAUUGGUGAACAGCCCCAUCUCUGAAUGAGGAACACUAACCCAGCUCUGGAGAACGCAGUUCUAGCGUACACACACGUAGCUUUUAUAGUCAGGAGAAUUGUAGCAGAAUUUCAGACUACCUGAAUUAAAAUGGCCAUGCUGAAGACUUUCUAAAAUGUAGAAGCUAUGAUGAACCCUGAAGAAAAACAAAAGCAACACAAACCAAGUAAGAUUGAUACUCAGUCGUUUGGUUAAACCAUUUUAAGAUACAUUUCAUAUACGGACCUUCUACUCCUUCAAUGUAAAAUGAGGCUAAGAGUUCAAGGUAUAUUAAAAACAAAUCACAGUUACAAUAAUAAUAUUUUGCUGUGAGUGAUUGUGAAAUCUUACUACAUGGAAUUCAGCAGUGCAAGCGUCCUCUAAGUUCCCCACAGAUUUCACUUUCCUGUCUAUUUUUCCCACCUUGAUAGUGAAAAAUAAACUUAUUUAUAUACAAGAUUAUUAUUGUAAAAUUAAUUUUACAGUGCACUUUAUAUUACCAUGACGGAGUUCUAAAAUGUUUCUUGAAUUGUUACUUUUUAAAAUUUGGCAACUGGAAAGGAAGAGGUUGGGCUACACUAGUAUAUACAUGUACUCAGCAGGACACUUAAAAGUAAAUCAAAUUUAUAAAGCCUUUUAAUCCAUGACUUUUUUUUGCCAGAGUUUAUAUACUGUGGACUUAAUUUAAUCAAACUUUUUGCCCUACCAGAAACUCUUCCUUCCUGAUCCUGUUUAAAAGUAAUGAUCAAUACAUGACACCACUUUUAUUAUCUGUGGCAGGGGCCAAACUAAACAAACAACAAGGAAGACUCUGAUUUUACCUCAUGAUCAAUAAGUCAGGAUAACAAGCAUGACUGUAAGGAAAAACAACAACAAAAAAAACCCACUCAAAAUGCAGCACUUCUGCAAACCUUCAGAGGAAAAUAUGGAAUGGUGCACUAGAGCUACAGCAGCAAUGUGGGACAUGACACUGCAUCCCCACAGACACAGUAAACCACAGAAAGAUCAUCCUUUGACAAUUUUUCACAUGCUGCUUUCUCAUUCUGUAAAUUGUUCGAUACACCACUGUUAAAAAAAGUUAAAUAUGAAGAAUAGAUAGACAAUGAAGUUUGCAGAAUUAAUAUGAAAAUUAAGAGCUUGGUAAAAUUUAUUCUUUCUGAUCCUGCAAUAAGAGUAUAAAUGAAUUUGGGAUGCUGUGUUCAGAUUCAUAGCAAGAAACUACUGGCUUAGGCUCAUGAACUUUCUAUUUCUAGUGACCUAAUGUGUAGCACAUGGCAGUAAUUUCUUAGAAGUUCAGUAGCACAGUGGUUCAAUACAGAAGUUCAAUAGUCCAGUUUGAUAACUGGAAUAUAGAUUGAAUAAAAUUUUGCUGUAUUUA